AUGGAAGACUCCAAAAAAAUAUAUUGUUCGAAAACACAAAAAGAGAUGCUCAUCGAACUUCUGAAAAAAGAUUCACAAUUGAUUUCUGGGAAGUUUACAAGCACUUUCACAUUUAAACAUGCUCGUAGCAGAUGGAUGGCAAUCGCCGACACUUUAAAUGCAAUUCCCGGCUGUGUCAAGGAUUGGAGUCAAUGGAAAAGAGUAAGAAAUAAUUUAAAUUACUUCUACAUAAAUCUAACUAUAGGAAAUAAUUUAUACCUUAUUCUUAUUGUAUUUUAUCUUAAGACUUGGCAAGAUUCUCGUAGUAAGGUUAGAAGUAAAAAAGCUAUGGUAAACAGACAUGUAAAUGGUACAGGAGGAGGACCACAAAUAUCGCAAACACUUACUCCAAUCGACAACCAAAUUCUUGAUCUUGUUAAUCCUAUCAAAAUUGAUGGAGAUAAGACAAUUUCAAUGUCAGUUACUAAUUUUGAGUAUGGUGACAUAAGCAAAUUACCGAUACAAAUUGAAUGUGUAAGUGUGGAUGAAGAAAUUAGUAUGUAUACUAUACCUACCAUGCAGCCUGUAGAGGAAAAUAACUGUGCUAUAACGCCUGUAACCAUUGAUACAGUGGGAAAAAAAUGUGAUAAAAAAAAGUUCGAAACAUUAUCUACUGCAAAACGUUUAACCAAUAGUCUAGCUCUUGGUAGAGACAUUUGUUAA